AUGACCCAUCCCUCGCAGCCGGAAGCCGGCCUCACCCUCGAUCUAGUCGUCAAUGUUCUCAGCCAGACACUAUUCUCGGCAUUCUUCUGCGCCUUUGUACCGGUCGCCAUAGCUGGACAUGCGAAAUCGUGGCAUCAGCCGGCGGUGUACUGGUCUGCCGGAUGGGCUGCUUUCCUGGUAAUCCUCGCCGCGCUAAAGUACAUGAAUCGUCUUUACGCCGCAAGAGGGUCAUACUUCUUCCUCCCGCCGAGGCUGAACUGGGAAGAGCAGAUCGUGCUCAUCACCGGAGGCGGCUCGGGAAUAGGUGCUUUGCUCGUUGAGACCCUGGCACUGCGCAAUGUGACGGUAGUCAUACUGGACCUUGCGCUACCGAAGGAGCCCAUUGAGAAUGACAAUGUUUAUUCCUACAUCUGCGACGUGUCGGACUAUAAGCAGGUCCAGGCCUGUGCGGAGAAGAUACGGUCUGAGGUCGGCGAUCCCACUAUCCUGGUCAAUAACGCCGGGACCGUACGAGGGAAGCUACUGCUUGAUCUUACAGAGGAAGACAUCCGCACGACAUUCGGCGCCAACACCCUGGCGCACUUCUGGACGCUCAAGGCCUUCCUCCCCGCGAUGCUCGAGAAAGGUACUGGACACAUCGUCAACGUCGCGAGUCUCAUGGGGAUGAUCGGAUCUGAUUAUUGCGCGUCCAAGGCCGCUUUGAUCAGUCUGCACCAGAGUCUGCGCUUUGAGCUUGACAACCGCUACCUCACGCCCCAGAUCCGCACCACCCUCCUCAUCCCCUCAUUCCUUUCCACCCCCCUCUUUGCUCGCGCGCACAUGCCCCACUCCGCCACCAGCCUCGGCGCGUUCGCCUGCCCGCCCGUCUCCCCACCAACCAUCGUCAAGGCCCUCAUCGCCGCUCUCGACGCAGACGAAGGCCGGGUCAUACGACUGCCGUUCUACUCGCAAAUGGCGCGCGUGUGGGGCGUGGGGCCCGGUCUCAUGCCAAAGUGGUUGAUGGAUAUUGUGCAAUGGCUGUCUGGCGCGGAUUGGGCUAUGCGGGAUUUGGGGUCGAGACCUGACGCAGGCGAGCUGUUGGAAGCUCGUCGGAGGGAGAGGGCGGCAGGUCUGGGGGAUAAGGACCGACAAUAG